AUGGAAGAGUCGAGCGCUCCGACGUCAAAGAAGGGCGCGAAAAAGGCCGAGGCCAAGGCCAAGAAGGAGGCUCUGAAAGCCCAGCGCGCUGCAGAACUCGCCGCCGCCGCCGCCGCCGUCAAUCUCGAGGACGACCCCGCCAAAGACAAUUACGGGGACAGGCGGACCACGACGGCGGCCUUCAGCCAGGACGCCGAGGAAGUCGAGAUACACUCGCUUGACGAAACACACAAUGGAAAGACGGUCGUCGUGCGUGCGUGGCUUCAAAAGUCUCGCGUGCAGAGCGCCAAGAUGGGCUUCGUCGAGCUUCGCAAGGGGGGCAACUGGGACAUCCAGGGAGUCAUCAUGGCCUCGGAGGAGGAGCCCGUCGUCAGUCGACGCAUGGUCAAGUGGGUAGCUAGCAUCAACCCCGAGAGCUUCGUGGCGGUUGAAGCCAAGGUGAAGCAACCUCUUGAACCCGUCAAGAGCUGUCGAGUCUCGGGAUUCGAGCUUCACAUCACAAAGUGCUUCGUGCUCGCGCCGGCCCCGGCCGUCCUCGGCAUGACCAUGGGGACGGCGAGCCAGCCCAUUGUCAACUUUAGCGACGACAGUGACCAUGUGGGAGACGUCGAAGCCGGAAAGGCUGCCGAGGCCGCCGCCGAGAGUACGGCGCCAGCCGCAAGCAUGCUCACUCAUCUCGACAACAUUGCCAUGCACAAGCGCGCUCCUGUUCAGCAGGCCAUUGCGGACAUUCGCAUCGAAGUGAAGAGACUCUUCCGCUCGUAUCUCGAAUCCCGUCGUUUCAAGGAAUUUGAACCGCCCUGUCUCAUCGGCGCAGCGUCCGAGGGCGGCGGAAACGUCUUUCGACUCGCAUAUUUCGGCGAGGAGGCCUUCCUUGCCCAGUCGCCCCAAUUCUACAAACAGUUCGAGAUUGCAGGAGGCAGGGAGCGCGUGUUCAGCAUAGGGCCCGUCUUCAGGGCCGAAAACUCCAACACGCCGAGGCACAUGACCGAGUUUACGGGGCUUGAUGUUGAGAUGGAAAUCAAGGAUUCGUACACUGAAGUUCUUUCCACACUGGAGGGUGUCUUGUUGUUCAUCUUCCGUGGAAUUCAAGACUCGUUCCGUGUACACGGAUUAACCAAACAUGCCGCCGAUGCAGAGCGAUGUGCGGACAAGAUUGACACAGUCCGAUCUGUGUACCACUCGGAACCCCUCCUUCUCCCCGAGGCAGGCAAGGAGGUCCGCUUAACCUUUGCCGAGGCACAAAAGCUUUUGCGAGAGGAAGGACCCCCGGAGUUCUCAAACGUACGGGACGAUGAAGACAUGAGCACCCCCCAAGAGAAGGCCCUUGGCCAAGUCGUCCGCGCCAAGUACAAGACGGACUUUUACGUCAUCGACAAGUUCCCCGAGACGGCGCGGCCGUUUUAUGCCAAGAUUGACGAUGCCGGCACUACGGUAGGAGAAGGUGUCCGCGUCACAAAUGCCUUCGACAUGUUCCUCCGUGGGCAGGAGGUGCUCUCCGGCGGUCAACGAACCCAUGAUGCGGCUGAACUCGAGGGUCGUCUCCGGGCCAAGGGUGUCGACCCGAAAAGCGCCGGCAUCAAGGAGUACUUGGCGACGUUCCAGCAGGUCGGCGUACCGCCACAUGGUGGAGGUGGCAUUGGACUUGAUCGCGUGGUUGCCUGGUUUCUGGGACUGCCAAGCGUCCACCUCGCGGCGUAUUAUCCUCGCACACCCAAGAGACUGCUGCCAUGA